AUGGGCGAAAAAAGCGUGGUACUAUCUGACUGCUCAAACACAAGCGUUGAGGAUGCAAACGACUACUGGAAGCACGGAACGGUCGUUUUGAGGCAGCAGCUGAGCUACCAUUUCAACUUUGACCAUAGGGAAAAAGCGGUUUUGGAGCAGUUCAUCGACACAGGUGCCGCUGUUUUGUUUGGGAGCAGAGCAAACUCGUUUUUGCAGGCAGUGAUCCCGCUAGCCUUCUCGUUCAAUUGCAUCAAGUUCCCAAUUCUCGCCAUUGCUGCUGCCUCAAGUUCCCAUCUGUCGGCCUUAAGAGAGACCCAAAAAUUCCGGUCGCUGGCCAAGCUGGUCCGGAGGGACGCCGUGCUGCAGGAAACAAGAAUCCUGGCCAUGCUGCUCGUGGUGCUCAUGGAGAUCCUCAUGGGCGACGGGAUGGACUCCGCAACGUAUUUGGAGGAGAUCCAGAAAGCGGUAAGUCCUGUCUGUUCGUGGCUCGCCAGACAAGAUACAGACCUGCACCAGAUCAUGUCAGACCUGUUCUUCUACUACCAAUCGUUGCUCGGUUACAACUUCGGGAUCAGAAACUGCGAAAUUAGGCCGAGCUCUUUCAGAUUGACUUUUGGCCUCGACCAGGGUACCCUGCAAACUCUCUCGCAGAUCCGCACUCUUCAAAAGCUGAAAAAACAAACAUCCCUGUCUUCGAACGAGUUCUCGCAAUUUGCAACGCUUAUAGAGACAAAAAUCCAGAGUGCUUCAAGCUUGGAUCAUUUGGGUACUGCCAUACAAUGUGCGUGCUAUCUACAGCUAUACCAACUGGAGCCAGGCAUGGAACUGUCAACAGGAAACUGUCUCAAUGCUCUGCUGGAAAACAUCAAAGCAGCACAGAUCCCAUCUGAAUGCCAGCUACUCUUCCCUCUAAUUAUUGCAGGAACCGCAGUCACCGCUACUGAAGAUCAAAACUACAUCCUAGAUCGUCUAGGUGUGAUCCAUAAAAGCCUAAAGUUCCCAUUCAUUAGUCGCUAUCAAGAUCUUUUGCGUCUCUUUUGGCGAUCGAACGAAUCGCUCGGCACCAUAAUUAAAUAUCAAUUCCCGGGAUUAUUCAUAUUAUAG